UGUAGAGACCCUUUACCAGUUUGCCUUUACCGUAUUUACACAUUGAUCAACUGAGAUCUUUUUCUCGAAGAUGCAAAACGUGAAGGUGGUCAUACUUGGAGAUGGUGCAGUGGGUAAAACAUGUUUUUUCAUUCGAUGGAGCACCAAUUCAUUCCCCAGUGAAUACGUCCCCACUACGUUUGACAGCUAUGCCGCCGAAAUUAUGGUCGACGGAAAACCAGUCAUAGUGUCGCCAUGGGAUACAGGUGGUGGAGAAGACUACGAUAGGCUCCGCCCACUUUCCUAUCCUGAUACGAACAUUUUCCUUGUUACAUUUUCUAUCAAAUAUCCAACCUCAUUUGCAAACAUCAAAGAGAGGUGGAUACCUGAAGUUCGUCAUUUUUGUCCGAACACACCUGUGCUGCUACUAGGGCUCAAGUGUGACCUCAGAGGUCAAGAGGUCAAUGGUGACUACACUGAGGUCCCCCGUGAAGAUGCUCUGCAACUGGCAAAAGAUCUUGGAGCGGUGGGUUACUAUGAGACAAGUGCCCUAACAGGAGCUGGUGUGAUGGAGGCAAUGGACUUUUGUGUGAGGGCAGGACUAACAAGGGUAGGCAGAAAACGGCACUCCCAAUCAUCUGACCAAUCAUUUUCCACGAAUGCGGCCAGUGAACCUGAACUACCGGCCGAUGAAAAAGCAUCCUCUUCGGUAGAUUUGGCACAAACGAUAAACAACCCAUCUCAUUUAUGUACUGGCAUCUCUGGAAUACCAAAUCCACCAUAAUGUGCACUGGUAGCUAAGAACACUCAGUAGAGAACAUUUUUAAUUAAGUCUAUUUGCAAAAAACUUUUUAUGCAACUUUAUAAUUACAAGUGGAUAUAUUCAUAAGUACAUGCUCCAUUCUAUUUUCAAUAUUUUUAUUUAAUACCAGAA